UCAUUACUAUUGGUGUUUGGAAAGUAGGUUUCAAGAUAAGGCCGGUGACAGGUGAGGCGAGGUGGGGCGACUACAGCGUCUUCAGUAGACGUACCGAGUCAGGAGUGACAAGACAAUAUGCUGGUGUUUGUACUGGCGGCUCUAGCGGCCGCGACCUCGGCGGUGGACGUCACCAUCGGCAACCACUGGGACGGCGGCUUCCAGGCGAAGGCCUGCAUCGCGAUCACCACAGAACUUCAUAGCUGGAAGGCGCACUUAAAGUUCUCGGAGGCCGUUGAUUCUCUAGAUUGCGGCACAGCCGAUGUCCAGAAGACGAAUGGGGGAAAGGAAUACAUCCUCACGAACAAACAGUGGAACGCAGAUGAACAUCCUGGCGACAAACUCUGCCUGGACGUUGUUGGUCACACAAGUGGUGAUAUCACCCCUAAGACCACCCUAACAAUAGAGGGCGUCAAUGCUGGCGGAACCACCACCGGAACCACGGGUACCAACACGGGUACCCAUACCGGUACCGGCACCCAGGCCCCUGUGCAGACGUCGCAAACAGGAGGCGGUAAAGCAAGAUACAACUAUGGCGAGGCUCUUGGCAAGUCCAUCUUGUUCUAUGAUGCUCAGAGAUCAGGCAAACUUCCGGCCAACAACCCCAUCAAGUGGCGAGGUGACUCCGCCCUGGGAGACAAGGGAGACAACGGCGAGGAUCUGACUGGAGGGUGGUAUGAUGCUGGUGACCACGUCAAGUUCAGCUUGCCCAUGUCCAGUUCGUCCACCCUGCUGCUCUGGGGAUACCUACAGUGGAAAGAUGCCUAUGCUACCACCAAACAAACAGACAACUUCUUUGACAUGAUCAAGUGGCCCUUGGACUACUUCUUGAAGUGCUGGAUUCCAGCAAGUCAGACUCUGUAUGCACAGGUUGGAGAAGGAAAUGAUGACCACCACUUCUGGGGCCGCGCUGAGGACAUGAAGAUGGCCAGACCCGCCUAUAAACUCACACCAAGCAAACCUGGGUCCGAUGUUGCUGGGGAGAUUGCUGCAUCCAUGGCUGCUGGGUAUCUGGCGUUCAAACAAAGAGAUCAUGCCUAUGCAAACAAACUUCUAACUGCAUCCAAGCAGAUCUAUGAAUUUGGAAAGAAGUAUCCUGGAAUAUACAGCCAGAGUAUCUCGGAUGCCGGCCAGUUCUACUCGUCCAGUGGAUUCAAGGAUGAGAUGUGUGAAGGUGCUAUAUGGCUGUACAAAGCAACGGGGGAUAAGUCGUACCUUGCUGAUGCCAAGGGAUACACCGAUGAUCACUGGGGGUGGGCUCUGGGAUGGGACACCAAGAGAAUCGCUUGCCAGACGCUCCUGUACGAGGCUACCAAUGACACUGCGUACAAGAAAGAUAUCGAGGGCUUCUUCAAGGGCUGGUUCCCCGGUGGCACCACCACCUACACUCCAUGCGGACAGGCAUGGAGAGACCAGUGGGGCUCCAACAGAUAUGCAGCUAACUCUGCAUUCGUCGCUCUGGUGGCUGCUGAUGCUGGUAUUGACACUGCAAUCUACAGGAAGUGGGCAGUUGAGCAGAUGAACUACAUCCUCGGGGACAACAACUACGGCAUCAGCUACCAGAUUGGCUUCGGCACAAAAUACCCAAGGAAUCCACAUCACAGAUCUGCCUCCUGCGGUGACAUUCCUGCUCCCUGCACUGAGGCCAACCUACAUUCCUCCAGUCCCAGCCCCCACGUCCUUGUGGGCGCCAUUGUUGGAGGUCCUGGUAAAGACGACUCCUACAAGGACAACAGGGAGGACUACGUUCACAACGAGGUGGCCUGCGACUACAACUCCGGCUUCCAGUCUGCUCUCGCUGAUGUAUCGCAGGAUUAUGGGAUAUUUAUUUAUACACCGCUUUUACUGGAUUUGUACUGUAGAAAGAAUGGUAUCGCUCGUAUCUACGGUGAAAAUCCGGGCAGAUGGUUGCCAGUAAAAGUACAUGAAACGUUCCGGUCGCAGAUACGGGCUUACCUCACGAUGAUUGUGUUUCUCGUGGCGACUAUCGUGGCUGUCGGGUCGGCAGUGGACGUCAAACUCAACAACCACUGGAACGGGGGCUUCCAGGCCAAGGCCUGUAUAGGGAUUACCAAGGAGCUGCACUCUUGGACGGCACAUCUACGUUUUGACCAAGCCGUCGACAGCAUUGACGUAUGGACGGCUGAUGCCAAGAAGGCAGAUGGGGGCAAGGAGUUCGUGUUGACCAACAAGGGUUGGAAUGCCGACGAGCAUGUCGGGGACCAACUUUGUAUUGACUUCGUGGCCCACACAACGGGGGACAUCACCCCCCAAACCACACUUGAUAUUGAAGGAAUGAGUGGUGGCGUUGUGCCGUCAUCAGGGUCUGUUACCCAGGGCAACCUGCCCACUAAGCCUCACCAAAUAGCAACAAUUCCACCAAUCCCACAUACAGGUGGCGGAACGGCCAGAUACGCCUACGGAGAAGCUAUGGCCAAGUCCAUACUCUUCUAUGACGCCCAGAGAUCAGGCAAACUUCCGGCUAACAACCCCAUCCCCUGGAGAGGAGACUCCGCCCUGGGAGACAAGGGAGAUAAUGGGGAGGACCUCACUGGAGGAUGGUAUGACGCUGGUGACCACGUCAAGUUCAGUUUGCCCAUGUCCAGUACUUCGACUCUGUUGCUCUGGGGCUACCUGCAGUGGAAGGAUGCCUAUGCUACGAUGAAACAGACAGAUAUGUUCUUUGACAUGAUCAAAUGGCCACUGGACUAUUACCUCAAGUGCUGGAUCCCAUCCAGUCAGACUCUGUAUGCUCAGGUUGGAGAAGGAAAUGAUGACCACCACUUCUGGGGCCGCGCUGAGGACAUGAAGAUGGCCAGACCCGCCUAUAAACUCACACCAAGCAAACCUGGGUCCGAUGUUGCUGGGGAGAUUGCUGCCUCUCUAGCUGCCGGGUAUCUGGCGUUCAAGGAAAGAGAUGCCAAAUACGCCGCCACCCUUCUGUCAACAUCCAAGGAGAUUUACGAGUUUGGCAAGAAAUAUCCCGGGACAUACUCCUCCAGUAUCCAAGAUGCUGGACAGUUCUACUCAUCAAGUGGUUACAAAGACGAGAUGUGUGAGGGCGCUAUGUGGCUGUACAGAGCUACAGGGGACAAGUCCUACCUGGCCGAUGCCAAGGGAUACCACGAGAAUGCCUGGGCGUGGGCUCUUGGAUGGGACGACAAGAAGAUCGCUUGCCAGGUGCUGUUAUACGAGGCUACCCGUGACACUGCCUACAAGGCGGAAGUGGAGGGCUUCUUUAAGGGCUGGCUCCCUGGUGGCUCCAUCACGUACACUCCAUGUGGACUGGCGUGGAGAGACAUGUGGGGCUCCAACAGAUAUGCAGCUGAUGCAGCAUUUGUCGCCCUGAUUGCUGCUGAUGCUGGUAUUGACACUGCAACCUACAGGAAGUGGGCAGCUCAACAGAUGAACUACAUCCUCGGGGACAACAACUACGGCAUCAGCUACCAGAUUGGCUUCGGCAAAAAGUACCCCAGGAGUCCACAUCACAGAUCAGCCUCCUGCCCCGACCGUCCAGCUCCCUGUACCGAGGCUAACCUCCACUCCUCCGGCCCGAGUCCCCAGCUCCUUGUCGGCGCCAUUGUUGGAGGUCCCGAGAAAGACGACUCCUACAAGGACAACAGGGAGGACUACACCCACAACGAGGUGGCCUGCGACUAUAACUCCGGCUUCCAGUCUGCUCUUGCUGGUCUUACUCAUCUUGUCGCCAAAAAGGAACUGCCCGAUGUUGGUACACCAAAAUGCCACGGGUCUUAAUCACGGGAAUAGGGAUAGAGAAUUUUACCCAAGUUACUCAAUUGUCAAUAAAAUUCAAUUUUUGAUACCA